GACGUCUCAACGCAAAGUUAAUCUUUUUCUGGACAUAUUUUUUUCAAUCUUCUUGCAGAACCUUUCUCUCUGACAAUUCCAAACUCACUUUGAAAAACAAGACAUACAGAAGAACAAUAUUUCAUCGCGGCGGAGGAGAUAUACAGUACUGAUCAGCCGUUCCGUCCCUUACUUUCCCCACAUCAACCCCACGGGACCGGGCCCCCUUUUUUAUAGUACACUUGUCUAAGUCGGCAUCCAUAUCCGAUAUCGAAAUGUCAACAGCCGUAGCCGGUCAGCAUCAAGAUUCUGGCGAGCCACCGAGGAAGCGAGUGAGGAAAGGAACCCGAAGUUGUUGGGAGUGUGAGCAAUUUCAAUCCUCAGAUGAUGUUGAUGUACUUUUCUGAGAAUAACCAGGCAAACGUCGCAAGAUACGGUGUGAGUUGAGCUCGGAAGAUGUUCCUGUCUGUGCCGGGUGUCUCGCCAGAGGGACAACCUGCUUAAGUCAGGAGUACCCCGAAGAGAGAGAGCCGUCGAGUAAUCAUCAAGUGGGAGAAAGGCUGGGUCGGGUAGAACAUUUAUUGGAGUCGCUUCUAGCGAAAAUCUCGGCCUUUGAGGACGAUCAACAGGCUCAGAAGCAGAUGUUGACACCCGACUCAAUGCCUUCGAGUGACAUUCUCACCCCUUCUAAUCCCCUUACGAGUCUACAACAAAUCACGCCCUUCAUGACUCUUUUUGAUAACCCAGUGGUGAGUCCCCUGAUUCUGACCACAUCUUCUUUGCUGGGAUGUAUUUUCUUCAAGGCAACCUUUUAACACUAGAUAGCUCGGUCGUCGAGAAACCGUGCCAUCACAAACAAGUACGCCCGAGUCUCAAUCGAGCGUCGUUAAGACGCCCUCAUCCAAGUAUGAAAAUACUCCAAGAAGUGAACGCAUUAGGCAAACAUUAGCCGACCUAUUGCCAUCUCAGAAAGACGCAGACUUAAUUUCAGCCAAUAGCAGUUCUUGGCUCGUCAUUUUCGCGUUGUCUGCUCAUACUUCUGAUAAAUUCGCCGCAGAUGAUACCUUCAGCCAAAUGACGAAUGCCUUCAAUAUGACCGAGGUCGCUAAAGGAAGCCCAUCUGUAAUCGCCCGGACACUCAUGUUUCUUACACUCUGCGUACAACAGCUUGAUCCAGAUUUUGACACCAGUCGGCUCAGUCUUCUCCCAACCACAGAAGCCCGUAUGGAGAGGUGGAUGAAUACAGUUCAAGCCCUGGUGACUUCAGAUGACGAGCUUGUUACCACCAUUGAAGGGCUGGAAUGCUUAGUUCUCCAGGGCGUAUUCCACACUAAUAGGGGAAGCCUUCGUCGCUCUUGGCUGGCGUUUCGGCGAGCUUUGAGUCUUGCUCAAUUGAUGGGAAUCCACAGAAGCAAUACUGAUAUACCAACUGGAAGACAAUUUUGGUUCCAGAUUGUUCAAUCCGACAGAUUUCUUGCUCUUUUACUUGGCUUGCCUGCUGCAACCCCAGAAGAUGUUUUCACUCCCGAGGAGACUUUCGAGAAUCCGGCGAUAGAUAGUGAGCAGUUGAUGAUGAGAAGAUUAUGCAACCUGGCUGGCAAGGUCAUUGAUCGAAACCAAGUACAAAACACACAGGCAUAUGCCAUCACUCAGGAAAUCGACGAGAAGUUAGAUGCUUUGGCUAAGGAGAUGCCAGCGUCAUGGUGGGAGGUUCCGGAAUUCCGAGCGCACGAACGCUCAAAGACAAUGGCCAGAUAUUUUAAUCGUAUGAUUAACCAAAUCUGGUACUUCCAGGUGGAAAAUCUUUUGCAUUUGCCAUUCAUGUAUGUAUACAGUCGACAUCCUGCCCAUUCCUGUAAACUGCUCUUAUCACGUCAUUUUUCUUCAUGAACUCAACCUCAUUUGCUCGGGAACAAGCUCGAUGUCACACAGAUAAAACUGACUCUACCUCAUCUAGGCUUCGAGCAAGUACAGAACGUCGUUAUGAGUACAGCAAAUUCAGCUGUUUGAGAUCCUCGAGGGAGACGCUUUAUCGCUACUUGGGGAUGCGAGAGCUUUCAGCUCGCUCCUUUUGCUGCAAAAUCAUGGACUUCAGUGCAUUGACUUCGACCGUUACACUUCUUCUGGGGAUUUUACAAGGAUCCCAAAUGAUAGAAACACCAGAAAUGCGUGCGCAAAAGGAGAGCGACCGAACUCUCGUCCAAACAGUCCUCAAGGCCUUAGAACAGGUUUCUCUAGGUGGUAAGGAGAUCAUAGCCACUCAGAGCGUCUCUGUUAUCAAAUCCUUAUUGGCAAUGGACACACCAGCAGGACGGGAUACCAGCAAUCUGCGACUUACAAUUCCUUAUUUCGGUACCGUCAGCAUCAUUCGUCCCAAACCCGCAGUAGCCACUCCUCAACAACAGAAACAACAGCUACAUACACCACCUAGCCUUACAAGUCCUGCUAUUUACCCUUUAUCCCAAGGCAUGAAUUACGACGCCGACCAAUCAAAUUGCCGUUCUGCUCCAGAUGCCUGGAAUCCUAUAUAUCAACCUUCGGGGUCGAAUUUCCCCAUGGUAUCAUUUACCAGUUCCCAUUUUCCCACCGUGAUGCAAGAACAAGGACAAAGUCAAUAUACAGGCCAGGAUUGGAAUUUGAUGGACGCUGAUACUGUGUUGUUUGAUAGUCUAUUGACAACGGAUGUUGAUGGAAAUUGGGUAUUAUAA